AUGAAGAAGGAACCCGAGUAUGAAGACGAUGGCCUCUCUCCAGAGGACGCCCCCAGCUCCCAGUUGCUCACCUUCUUCCUCUUCCUCAAAUGGAGAAGCUUCUGGAAAUGGAAGCAUGAAACUGGGGAGAGCAUCGGCUAUCAGAAUCCCAAGCAGCUGGAGGGGACGGUGGCCAAGAGCACCUUCAUCGCUAUCCAGCCUGAUGGGGUCCAACGCAGCGUGGGCCUCAAGUGCUUAAAGCCAAAGGGAUUCUGCCUCAUUGCUAUGAAAUUAAUUCGGGCUUUUGAAGACCUUCUCAAGGAACAACACUAUGUGCACCUGAAGGACCGUGUGUUCUUUGCCGGCCUGGCGAGGUGCUUGCAAUCAGGGCCUGUGGGUGCCAGGGUCUGGGAGGGGCUGAAAGUGCUGAAGACAGGUCACGUGAUGCUCAGGGAGACCAGCCCUGCGGACUCCAAGCCUGGGACCAUCCGUGGGGACUUCUGCACCCGAGCUGGCGGGAACAUUAUCCAUGGCUGUGAUUCCUCAGAGGGUGCGGGGAAGGAGACCGGCCUGUGGUUUGGGCCCUAGGAGCUGGUGGAUUAGAAGAGCUGUGCUCAGAACUGGACCCACAAGGAAUGA